GCCAGCAUGCGGGAGAUCGUGCACAUUCAGGCCGGCCAGUGCGGGAACCAGAUCGGUGGUAAGUUCUGGGAGGUCAUCAGUGAUGAGCAUGGUAUUGACCCCACAGGAAUGUACCGUGGAGAGAGUGAUCUGCAGCUUGAGAGGAUUAAUGUGUAUUACAAUGAGGCCAGAGGUGGUAAAUUUGUGCCUCGUGCUAUUCUUGUGGACCUGGAACCUAGUACAAUGGACUCUGUUCGUUCUGGACCUUUUGGGCAGAUUUUCAGACCUGAUAACUUUGUGUUUGGGCGUAGUGGUGCCUCUAACAACUGGGCCAAAGGUCACUACACUGAAGGAGCUGAAUUAGUCGACUCUAUUAUGGAUGUGGUGAGGAAGGAGGCUGAGGGAUGUGACUGCCUCCAGGGAUUUCAGCUCACCCACUCACUGGGUGGUGGUAGUGGUGCUGGCAUGGGCACUCUCAUCCUUAACAAGAUUCGUGAAGAAUACCCUGACAGAAUGAUGCUAUCAUUCAGUAUUAUUCCUUCACCCAAAGUGUCUGAUGUUGUGGUUGAACCAUAUAAUGCUACCCUGUCAAUUCACCAGCUCAUUGAGAAUACAGAUGAGACAUUUUGUAUUGAUAAUGAAGCUCUACACGAUAUUUGUUUCCGAACCCUCAAGCUUACCAGUCCCACUUACGGAGACAUGAACCAUUUGAUAUCAGCCACCAUGAGUGGUAUAACAACCUGUCUGCGUUUCCCUGGGCAGCUUAAUGCCGACCUCCGUAAACUAGCAGUGAACAUGGUCCCCUUCCCCCGCCUGCACUUUUUUGUGCCUGGUUUUACUCCUCUGACCAGCCGUGGUAGCCAACCAUACCGUGCCCUCACUGUGCCCGAGCUCACCAAACAGAUGUUUGAUGCUAAAAACAUGAUGGCUGCCUGUGACCCUCGGCACGGCCGGUACCUGACAGUUGCUGCUGUAUUCCGGGGCCGUAUGUCCAUGAAAGAGGUGGAUGAACAGAUGCUGAACGUGCAGAAUAAAAACAGUCCCUAUUUUGUGGAGUGGAUCCCAAACAACGUCAAGACUGCUGUGUGUGACAUCCCACCCCGAGGACUCAGGAUGGCAGCCACUUUCAUUGGCAACACGACAGCCAUCCAGGAGCUGUUCAAGCGCAUCGGUGAGCAGUUUUCUGCCAUGUUUCGCAGGAAAGCCUUCUUGCACUGGUACACAGGUGAGGGCAUGGACGAGUUUGAGUUCAGUGAUGCUGAGGCUGACAUGCUUGACCUGAUAGCUGAAUAUCAAUAUUACCAGGAAGUUAAAGUUCAUGAAGAGCCUCAGUAUUAUGUCGAUGAAAAUGAUGAAGAGGAGCUGUGA